UGAUCCCGGAGCCCUCCAGCCAUCAGCUGCCGCCGCACCGGCUUUGACUUUGAUUCAGCGGGGAGCUCGUCGUGUCCUCGGCAUCUCGGGCUCCGGGACCAGAUCAUUUUGCACUUCCUUCAACGAGCAGCGCGGUCGUUCGGUUUCUUUUUUUUUUUUUUUCCUUCAGAGACAAAAUGUCCAAAAAUGGUUCAGCCUGCUUAGCCCAAUGAUUUCUUGCACGGACGCUCUAUUUUCUUUUUCUUUCUUUCUUUCUUUCUUUCUUUCUUUCUUUCUUUUUUUUUUUUUUUAAUUAUUAUUUUUGGACGGGAAAGGAUUGAGUAGAAGAAAUCGUUCGGUGAAGGGAACCCAGCGGUUUGCUCCCCGUUUUGAGGAGAAGAUCAAGAUCCCAUUCCCAGCUGCACGCAGAGGACGAAGGUUGCCGUGGGUCUUUCAGUCUGGCUUUCGAAGCCCUCGCCACUGCAGGAUCAGAGCAGAACUGCCUUCUCCGAGCCGCUUUCCUGUCCUGGUUGUGGCUCAGAGAUCGCCUCCCCCCUCCUCGCACCCUUUCUGUUGGUGUUGGUUUUGGUUGGUUGGCUUGGCUUUUUUUUUUUUUCCCUCCCCUUUUUGUCUUCUUUUUUCCCUCUGUUUAUUAUUAUUACUAAUUAUUUGAUUUGAUUUGGGUAAAUUCCCUUCCUUAAACGAAAAUACUAACUCUGCAGUCGAAAUCCAUGCCCCCUGCCAUUCGGAAGAAUCGGGUCUAAUAUGCCAGUGACAUCCCCGCCUUGCAGCAGUCGCGAUGAAGGAAAAAUCCAAGAACGCGGCAAAGACUAGACGGGAAAAAGAAAAUGGAGAAUUCUACGAACUGGCUAAACUGCUGCCCCUGCCCUCGGCCAUCACCUCGCAGCUGGACAAGGCGUCCAUCAUCCGCCUCACCACCAGCUACCUGAAAAUGCGAGCCGUCUUCCCCGAAGGUCUGGGCGACGCCUGGGGCCAGCCGAGCAGGAUCGGGCCCCUGGAUAACGUGGCCAUGGAGCUCGGAUCCCACUUGCUUCAGACUUUGGAUGGCUUUGUUUUCGUCGUGGCGUCCGAUGGCAAAAUAAUGUACAUCUCUGAAACAGCAUCUGUGCACCUUGGCUUGUCCCAGGUGGAGCUCACUGGAAACAGCAUUUACGAGUACAUCCACCCCUCGGAUCAUGAUGAGAUGACUGCUGUCCUCACUGCUCACCAGCCUCUUCAUCCUCACCUCCUGCAAGAAUACGAAAUUGAGAGAUCCUUUUUCCUGAGGAUGAAGUGUGUCCUGGCCAAGAGGAAUGCAGGGCUGACAUGCAGUGGCUACAAGGUGAUCCACUGCAGUGGCUACUUGAAGAUCCGUCAGUACAUGCUGGAUAUGUCCCUGUAUGAUUCCUGCUACCAAAUCGUUGGGCUGGUGGCCGUGGGUCAAUCUUUACCUCCCAGUGCAAUCACUGAGAUCAAGCUCCACAGUAACAUGUUUAUGUUCAGAGCCAGUUUGGAUUUAAAAUUGAUAUUCCUCGAUUCCAGGGUCACGGAAUUAACUGGAUAUGAACCCCAGGAUCUGAUAGAAAAAACCCUCUACCACCACGUCCACGGCUGUGACGUUUUCCACCUGCGAUACGCUCACCAUCUGUUGCUGGUGAAAGGCCAAGUGACCACCAAGUACUACCGGCUGCUGUCCAAGCAGGGAGGCUGGGUGUGGGUGCAGAGCUACGCCACGAUUGUGCACAACAGCCGUUCGUCACGGCCUCACUGCAUAGUGAGUGUCAAUUAUGUCCUUACAGAUAUUGAGUACAAGGAACUUCAGUUGUCACUGGACCAGGUUACCAUUUCCAAGUCACAGUUUUCAUGCAGAAACUCAGUACCUACCUCGCAGGAAACAAGGAAAAUAGUAAAACCCAAAAGUAAUAAAAUGAAGGCAAAACUCAGAACAACACCUUACCCACCACAGCAAUACAGCUCAUUCCAAGCAGACAAACUGGAAUGCAGCCAGGUGGGGAGCUGGCGCUCCAGCCCCGCCGCCAGCGCCGCCGCCGCCAUUCAGGAACAGAACUUCCAUUCAGAAAACAGCGAACUCUUGUACGCCCCUCCCUACAGCCUGCCCUUCUCCUACCACUAUGGACACUUCCCUGUGGAUUCCCAUGUCUUUGGUGGCAAGAAGCAAAUGCUGCCUGCAAAGUUUGGGCAGGCCCAAGGGGCGCCCUGCGAGGUGGCGCGGUUCUUCCUGGGCGCGCUGCAGACCAACGGCGAGUGCCAGUGGCACUAUGCCAACUCCCUGGUGCCCAGCAGCCAGUCACCAUCCAAAACCCUUCCUGAGCAGCCAGUGAACAUCAUCAGGCACAACCUUGCCCAGAGUUAUGAAGUCCCCUUAUCCAACAGGAGGUACAGCCAGGACGCUCUGCCCGAGGCCUUCCCGAGCUGCACCGCGCCCGUGCCGGGCAGGUACAAAGAGGAGCUUUACGAAUCUGGCAUCAUGAAACACAACAAAACAGAGCCCAGGCUCCAGCCCCCUCCCCACCUCAUCAAAGAGGAGAACAAGCUGCCUUUUAACAGAGACCUGCAAGAAAAAAUGAGCAUCAACGAGGGCUCCUUCUCCAACUCCUUGCUGCCCAAAUCCGAGUGCUGCCAGGCCAAAGCCAUGGGACAGCUGAGCCACCUGCUGCCCGUGCCCUCGGUCUACGAGCAAAGCAGGAGGAUUUGUGUCAAAGACCCCAAAUUUGGGCACAUCAGCCACCACCCAGUGAGCCUGGAGGAACUGGAGAGCAGCGAGAGGAUGAGCGUGAAGCUCGACCAGGAGGCCGAAAGCGAGCGGCUGAUGGAUGUGAGGCCCUCUGGGCAAGUCCCCUUCGUGCUCCUCAACUACCACCACGUGCUGGCCAAACAUGGAGCUUUCCAAACUUCCUCCUGCACAGCCACAGGACACGUGGGAGAAAAUUACAGCUACAAUUCUGAGGAAGUCAACACGUUUAUUUACAAAAACCAAAGCCCCUCCUCAGCGUCUUCUCCAGAAACCCACAAGGAAUCUGCACUACCCCAUUAUAUUGGGACUUCUGUCAUUAUUGCCAACGGCAGGUGACGGCAGCUCAGGAGGGUUUUGUGUAUAAUUAAGAAGCCAAACUGUCAUGAUUUGCAAAAAAAGAAAAAAGAAAAAAAAAAAAAAGCAUGAGGAAACAUGGUGACAUUUACUGAGCAAAGCUGGAGGGCAGUGAGGGACAAACUGGGACAAACUGGUGAGUUCCUGGCAGGCCACGAGUUGUGGUGGUCAGGAAAAUCCCCUCCAUCCCCUGCCGUGCUUCGGUGUCCCAGAGAAAGCUCUGGUGCCAGGGAGAAGCCAAGUUCCAGAUCUUAUUUUUAUUAUUCUAUAGUGUGCAACAAAAGGAAAUGAGAGGUGUUAUAUGCAGAGGUUUAUAUGAAGAACUUUUUUUUUUUUCCUUAACCCCUCCUUAAAAUAAACUCAAGAUUUCUUUUUUUAAAUAAUUAUCAUAAAAUACGCGUUCUAGUUUAGGGUUUUUUUGACAAAUUGUGUGAAACCUCGCAUCAACUCUCCACCCAACCCCCUGACAAAUGGACUUUAUUGAGAGAGAGGUGAUUUUGAGCGACCACAACACAGCUGCACUCCCCAAACAGGAAAAAAAUCUUAUUUAUUAAUUACCAAAAAAUUUUAAAACUAAAUAAAUCAAGCCUAAAUUUGAUUUAUUGAACACAGAUUUCAGUGUUCUGAGAUUGUUGCCACCACCAUUUAUCUUGACAAGGGACAAUAUGACAAAUUAAUAGGUACAAAGAUAGGUAUUACAGGGUUACAGGUCUUGUCAUGGCAAAUUGGGACAAAUUAUGGAGCAGGAACUAAUGCCCCACAAAUAAGAAAAGGAAACUCCUAAAUCCUGUGUUUCCCUGAGUAUUCUGGGGGAAGGCUGUGCAGAUUUUCAACCCAGCUAGUCACAAAUAUAUCUUAAUAACAGCACCAGAAAUGUUUUCUUUAUAGCCAAGAGAAUAAUGAACGUUUAUGCCUUAUUUUGAACUUACCAGUAGAAUUGUGAGCUUUGAAAGGUCCAGUUCUUAAUACACCAAACUUCCUCCAGCAUAAAUCCUGUUGUCAGCACAAAGGUAGGGCUGGAAUUCCCCGAUUUGAGCACUUCACAAAUCCCAAACAGCACAUUUGGAACACUCACAUUUGGCCCAGCCAGCCAGGAAUCGAUUUCCACCCCUUUAUUUUUAGUUCUUUGUAGAGGAUGGAUCUGUGUGAGUUUAAUUGACAACACUCAGCCCACUUCCCCAAAUGUUGUGAGUGGAUAAAAAACAACAGAAGACUCCCUAAACAAUAAAUGUUGCUGUAGAUCCCACUCAGCUCCUUUCUUACCCCAAUCCGAGCCUAAUUCAGAAUUUUUCAAACUCUUUCAUCAGACUCUAAAGAGAACUUCACUGAGGAAACCUUGAGCACCCUGGGAUGGUGGAAGGUGCACAUGGCAGGGGUUGGAACUGGAUGAUCUCUAAAGUCCCUUCCAACCCAAAGCAUUCCAUCAUUCUUUGAAGAAAAUUCCUGCCUGGCUUGUGUAGUAUGGGAAAACCACUUGCUCAUGGAUUGCACCUUGUCAGAAAAAUCAUAAUGCAAUACUCAGUCCUAAAAAUUCCCCAUCUUUUCUAUGCAGCAGUAAUUCAUCCUAGAAUGGUUUGGGCUGGGAGGGACCUUAAGGCUCAGCCAGUUCCAACCCCCUGAAAUGGGCAGGGAACUUUCCAUCAGAAUACAGGAAUAAAGUUAUUUCCUUCUGUGUAUGAAUUUUUACUGCUACGAGUACACAAAAAUACUUUAAAGGCAAAUGUUUUAAAACAAUUUUCAGCGUUUUCAUUGCUUCCUAUUAAAGGUUAACAGAGGUUUUAUUAUUAAGUUAAUGUUCACUUGCAAGUGAGCUUGAACACUCUCAGUUGUCUGACUUUUUCAAUUACAGGAAAAAUACAUUUUGUGCUAAACAGAACAAAAAAAGCCAAAUCAUUGAUUACAAAAAAAACCCAAACCAGAACCAACCCAGCAGAGUCACUCCCUCUGUAACCUCGGUUUGUUUAAUGCUGGAGAGGCUGGCAAGCCUCCAGAAAAGCUGUAAAUGUGGAUUAUCAUCCUGCUGACCCCAUAAAUCAAAGCCAGGAGACACCAGUUGCUUUUCCAGCGGCUGUGGGUAAGAGCCCUCCCAGCCCCUGUUCCUCAUAAACGACCCCACCUCCUGCAAAGAUAAUUAUGCAAAGACUCCUGGGUUAAUUGUGAUCAAUUAAAUGAAACCCACGCCCUACAAAGGAGCCACUGGCAUUGCUGGCAUCAUUAAAAAGAAACCUGAUGCCCAACCCCUCCUGCUGCACUUUCUCCCUCAGUGGCACUGCUGCAUUUCGGUGUUCCUGGAAGUCCUGCUCACUACGGAAACACAAAAAUUAGGCCGUGGUUGAAAAAAAAGGCCACUGAUAUUUUUCAGCACAGUAUUUUCCACCUUGUUACUCCCACUUCCAGGCUUUAUUCCAGGAGCCUGAGCAGAGGAGGUGUUCCAUCAUUCUCCCCCAGGUGUUUUAGGGGAGGUGAUGCCCAGGCACAGGAAAUUUCCCCGUGAGGCAAUAAUGAACCAAUGAUGAACUCACAGCUGAUAACGCAGGGGGAGGUUCAGAAAAGAUGGCAAAAGCAAAUGUGUGAAAGAUGUUUUUUCCUGCCACUCCAAAAUUUAAACAGGAAUCCCGUGCUCCCAUCUGGGAGUAAAUUAUAUUGGGAGAAAACCAGGAUUUUUGGUCAGUUAAAUUACAGAUGUUCUCAGCACACAGUGCAGAGCAGGGCACUGACAUCACAGGGGCAGUGUUUUAACAAUGAAAAAUGGUUUCAGUAAGGAAAAAUAAUUUUUUUAAUAAUUAAAAAAAAUUAUGGCACUGAAGGGGAGUGUGAAUUGAAAUAUAUUAUGAAAAAUAACCUCAUUUCUCUUUAGUAUUUGAGCCACACCUUUGUCGUGAGAUUCCUCAGGAUUUUAACUCUCAGGGGAGUCCAGACCUGGCAAGAAAAUCAUGGAAAAUGGGAGAAGGAGAGUGAGAGAGGGAAUAAUUUACCAAAAUCAUGGAAAAUUUGGGUUGGGAGGGACUUUAAAGAUCUCGUUCCAACUCCCUGCCAGUCAGGGAAUCUUCCACGAGACCAAAGUAAAGCUGGAGAAGUGAAUCCCAGACUGAGGUCUCCCAGUUUUCAUCCUCCUAACAGCAGCAGUGCAAUGGAAAUAAAAUAAGGUGACAAGGGCACAGAUUUGUCCCCAGGUCUCUGUACCCUGUGACUUGAAAAAAAAGGUAAUUUAAGGAAAUGAAGCACAAUGGGUGCAAAAUUGGGGAAUUCAUCCCUGAACGUGCAAAUGAACGGGAAAUCUGCCAGAAUUUCUCCAGAAAUCUCAAAGCAGGACAUAAAUUCUUUUUUUUCAGCAUUUCAAUCACACUCCAAAAACGCCACAGAGGAAAUGUUACUAUUCCAUUUUUUCCCUGAAUGUUAGAUUUUGCUUUUUGUUUGGGGUUUUUUUGUUGUUUUUUUUUUUUUCUUUUUUUUUUUUUUUAAUAUGAUGCAGAUUAAAGCUAUUUGGCAAGUGUAGGUGAAGAAGCACGCAACCCAACCAACCUAUUCAUGCUCAGAAUUAUGUAUGUAUUCCCUGAAAAUAUAAAGCAUUUUUGCUUAUUUAUUAUGUAAAACAAAACGGUUAAAACGGUAAUA